AAGAGGAUAUUGGCAACGACGAUAAUAUUCAACAUUUAAUUGACCGAUUACCUAUUUCGGACCCUUUAACCGAUCAAUUUAUCCAAAUCGAAAAUGAGCUCCAUCCUCAAGAAAUACCAACUGACCAAGAGAUAAUUGACAUGGUAAAGUAUCCUGACGAACCCGAUGAACCCGACAAACCCGAUGAGCCUGAAGAACAGACUCUUAUUGUCAAAAGCGGUGAAGCAGUUCACAGAGUAGAUAAUAGUUUAUCUGAAUACUGA